AUGGCGCCAACGAAGAAGAGAAGUCAUACGAAUGAAGCUGUGAAGAGCUACAAGAAGGCGAGAAUAUCAGUUUCUUCUGAUGAGGAUAUGAGUGAUUCUGCCUCUGGCUCUGGCUCUGAAUCUGGCUCUGAAUCUGCCUCUUCGUCUUCUAGUGCGGAUGAGGAUGAGGAGGAUGAAUUGGAUUUCUCUAGCGAUGAGGAGAAGGAUGACAAGAAGGCGAGCGCUGCCGCUGCCGCUGCUUCUGAUUCCGAUUCUGAAGCUGAUUCCGAUUCUGAAGCUGAAGCUGAUGGUGAUGAAGAUAACGAAAAGAAUGGCGAGGAGAACGAAGGUGGUAACCACCAUGCUGAACAGAAGCAAUUGUUGAAGGAAAGAAAGCUUAAGAGAAAGGCAGGCUCCGAGAUUGUGCAUAUUAAGUCUCUGUGGGAGAAAUUGCGUAUCAAGAACCCACCUCCACCUAAGCAAGUACGUGACAAGUUGUCCAACGAAAUAUGGGAAUUAUCCAAGGAAUGUAUCUCCGAUCUGGUCCUAAAGCAUGACGCAUCUCGUAUUGUGCAGACACUGGUCAAGUACUCCUCGAAAGAACGUCGUGAACAGAUUGUCGACCAACUGAAGGGUAAGUUCUACGUUCUGGCCACUUCUGCUUACGGUAAAUACCUGCUGGUUAAGCUUCUGCAUUACGGUUCCAAGAGAUCAAGACAAGCAAUUAUAGAUGAACUUCAUGGUAACUUGAGGAAAUUGAUGAGACACAGAGAAGGUGCUUACGUUGUCGAAGAUUUGUUUGUUCUAUACGCCACUUCUGAGCAAAGAAACCAGAUGAUAAAAGAGUUCUGGGGCUCAGAGUACGCUGUGUUCAGAGAAAGUCACAAGGACUUGACCAUCGAGGAGGUCUGCAACUCCAGUGUCGAAAAGAGAAACAUUAUUGCAAGAAAUCUAAUCGGUACCAUCACAGCUUCCGUUGACAAAGGUUCUACCGGUUUCCAAAUUUUGCAUGCCGCUAUGAAGGAAUACGUCAAGAUCGCUAACGACAAAGAGAUCAGUGAAAUGAUAGAGUUACUGCAUGAACAAUUUGCUGAAUUGGUCCAUACUCCAGAAGGUUCUUUCGUUGCCUGCACUUUGAUAUCGAAGGCUAGCCCAAAGGAAAGAAAGCAGAUCUUGAAAGCCUUGAAACCACAUGCUGAGAAACUAGUCACAAACGAGCACGGUAACAUUGUUCUAAUAACUGCCAUGCAAUCCGUGGAUGAUACUGUUCUGAUGUUCAAGACCUUCAGCCCUGCCGUUAAGGACAAUUUGAAGGAUUUCAUUAUUGACAAGUAUGGUAGAAGACCAUGGCUGUAUGUGUUGAAGGGUCUUGACGGUAAAUACUUCUCUCCUAUUGUUAAGAAUGAAUUGUUAAGAUACGAGGAAAUGUCUUCUCAAACAUCCAAAAAGCCAAAGGAACAGAGGAGAAUGGAACUUUUGAACAAAUUCGGCCCAAUGUACAUCAGUUGUAUAGCUAAAAACUGUUCUGAGAUUUUAGAUGAAAACUUGGGUUGCCAAUUCAUCUCUGAAGUGAUCACUAGUGAUGACCUUUAUGAGCAACUAUCAGAGAAAGAACAAGAAGUCUUCCAACAAGUUAUUGAUGAGAUCAAGGUCCAAUUCAAGGGUGACAUAAGCGAAGAAGACCACCCAAUUCACAGACCAUUCUCUACUAGAUUACUAAAAGCAAUGAUCCAAGGUGGUAGAUGGAACAACAAAGAAAAGAAACUAGAACCUUUCACCAAGGUACAGGGUCUAGGUGAAGAGUUCGCCAAGGAUUUCUAUGAAACAAUUGUCGACUCUACAAAUCUACUAGAAUGGAUUAACAAUGCUGACAGUUCUUUCACAAUAGUUGCAUUACAUGAAAGCUUACAAAAGUCACAACAAGGCAAACAAUUCAUGAAGGACCUUAAGAGCAUCAAGAAGGAAAUUGAUACCACUGACGAAUCAAACAAGGGUGCUCAAUUGCUAUUGAAACUAUUGAAAUAA